UUUGACACAUCCCGACAGGGGCUUGAAGCAGAGCGCAUCUGCUGACCCAAACUCAAACGUAUAGCGAACUUUAGUGUCGCUGACACAUUUGCUCGGGGGGAAAGCAUGAAGGCGCUUAUACUAACGAGCAUGCUGGUGCUGCUAUGGCUGGGGACAUGUUCAGCCAGGAGCUCUGAUCACGACUCAGGAUCAUCACCUGGAAGGGACCUCAGCAGGUUCUUCAGCAACUAUUGGAAAGUGACGAGGGCCAGGAGAGCACUGCCUCCAGCUGAUGAAGCAGACGAUAGCCCAAUCCCGGCAGUGGCAGAUGAAUCAGACCUGCCAACCUGUCUGCUGUGCGUCUGUCUAACUGGCUCAGUGUACUGCGAAGAGGUCAGCCCGGACAUGACCUCUGUUCCCACCCUUCCUAAGGAAACCGCUUAUCUGUAUGCCCGCUUCAACAAAAUAAAGAAGAUCAGGACCAAGGACUUUGCUGACAUUCUGACACUGAGGAGGAUUGACCUGACGGGGAACCUGAUCUCCGAGAUUGAAGACGGAGCGUUCUCGAAGCUAACUUUAUUGGAGGAACUGUCGCUAGCUGACAACCGGCUAGUCAAACUCCCGGCACUCCCUGCCAAACUGAAAUCCUUCAACGCCAACAACAACCUCCUGAAGACCAAGGGUGUCAAAGCAACAGCUUUUAAGAAACUGACCGGACUGGUCAACUUAUACCUGGCCGACAAUGAGAUGGAAGCAGUUCCACAGAUCCCAGAGAAGGUUCGGAUCUUACAUCUACAGAACAACAAUAUCACAGAUGUGAACAUAGACACCUUCUGUAGGUCCAAUGACACCUACUAUCUUCGACCUAGCCUCAGCGAGGUCCGGCUGGAUGGAAACCCUGUGAUUCUCUCAAAGUACCCUGACAGUUUCACUUGUUUGCAAGUACUGCCUGUCGGAUGGUACCGAUGAAGAACCAGCAACGUUACUGUCAUCCCUUCACAGUGAAUGGAACAGUUUUUACUGAAAAAUUCAGUGUUUUGGGGGACUGGACCUCAACAUUACAAAAAAAGUGUAGAAUUCUGAUGAAGAAUACCAAGUCAACUGUAGGGAUUUAUUAUUGUGUAAUAACUGUCUUUAGCAUCCGUAACAGGGCCUCUACUGUAGUGCUGUCUGACAAUUGGUCAAAGAAUAGUGGAGUAGUUUUCAUGAACCCGACAAGUAGCAGUAAAUAGUUUCAUAAGUUAACCACUGAUGAGUACGUUUGAAGUAUUAGUUAUUUCAGUCACCUCUCUAAUGGCAGUAUUUUGUCACAAAGCUUCAUUUACAGCUUUAAUUUAUAAACAUCACUUGAAUUGAAGUAGGAACGCAUUAAUCGAAUGUAAAGAUUACUCUAUUGCUAUUAUUUAAUCCAUUUUUUGUAAUCUCCCCGUGAUAAAUGAUUACCAAUGUGUAUAGAAUAGUGACUGUACAGUAAUAUGUGGAUGUGA